AAUUUGACUAAAGUCGGUGAUAAAGCACGCUUUAUGGGUUUUCUGAGGUCUUUUCUGCAGACAGUUGCUACAACCCAACACAAAGCACCAUAUCACUCCAGCUAAGUACCACCAGUGCUGUUCGUACUGGAAAACAAACAUGAAGAGCUAGAGGAAGAGAAGGAAAUAAGGUUUCCUUCAUAUGUAGGCAUAUGUAGGCAACAGGUCAAAAUAUGUUGGUGGGUGUGAAUUGGUGAACAAGACUAUGGACAAGUAAACCCCAAAAGCACAGGAAACAUGGGAGAGGACUGUUCAGAUAGAUUUUUACUUCUUGCAAAAUAUGUUACUAUCUGAUUUACUUGUUAACAUUCAUUAAUUUAAGAGGAUACUGCUGCUGUCUUUUUAAAUUACAUAGAUGCCAUAACUGCCAUCAAAGUUGUGUCAUUAAAACUCACUGCCUUUGCAAGCGUGCUUAUACAGAACUGUUUAUUGCACUGGUGAUCAUCAUGAAACAACUCCAAAGUGGGACAGGUAAAUUUCAGUCAACUGUACUAAUUGUACAAAUUGUACUAAAUAGAAACUUCAGAGGAAAAAUGGAAACAUUUGCUUCCUCAUACAUUUGCUCCCUUCCUUUGUAGGGAGUGAACUGUGCUGCUGGUGGUGGGAAGGAUGGGCAGGACUGAUGAUGAUGUCCAGAGGAGCAUCUCCAUUAAAGCACAUCUUACAGUCAUUGCAUUGCUGUAAUUGUAAUUAAUCCAGUGCAGGCUGUGAAGUAAAUAUAUAGCUGUGGUACAGAUAAGAAUAUGUGUGGGAGGAUUACUAGAGAGGAGCAGUAUGGACUUAUUGCAGAUUUAUUCUGUAAAAAGUAUUGCAUUUAAAUUAGCUCUCACCCUAGUCUGAACUAAUUUUAUAGGGAGCAUAAACCAACUGGCUUUGCACAGACUUCUGUCUCUUUUAAAAAAAAGUAUUUUCUUUUGAGAUUUUUCUUUAAUAAGGAGGUUUUGUUUUUUUGGAAAAGCUUUGACUCUUCAACACACUUUGAAUUGUUUUGUUUUCAGUUACGUAGGGCAGGACUGUUCAGCUGUUUCAGUCAGGAGCAUUUCUGGGGCUGGCAGCAGACCAAAAGCAGAACCAAGUUCCUGUUGUCCUGAAAGGGCAGGAGAUCAUCUUUUGGCUGUGCCUGGUUCAUGUCUGCAGGAUGUGUUCUGCCAAAAUGGAGCUCAGUGAUGCCAAUUUACAAACUUUAACUGAAUAUCUAAAGAAAACACUGGAUCCAGAUCCUGCCAUAAGGCGUCCUGCGGAAAAGUUCCUUGAAUCUGUGGAAGGAAGCCAGAACUAUCCGCUGUUACUCUUAACGCUGCUGGAGAAAUCACAGGAAAGCGUCAUCAAAGUUUGUGCAUCUGUAACCUUCAAGAAUUAUAUUAAAAGGAACUGGAGAAUUGUUGAGGAUGAACCAAACAAAAUAUGUGAAUCGGACAGAAUAGCCAUUAAAGCCAACAUAGUGCCCUUGAUGCUUAGCAGCCCAGAACAAAUUCAAAAGCAGUUAAGUGAUGCCAUCAGUAUUAUUGGGCGGGAGGACUUCCCUCAGAAGUGGCCAGACCUGCUGACAGAAAUGGUGAAUCGCUUUCAGAGCGGAGACUUCCAUGUCAUCAAUGGGGUUCUGCGCACUGCCCACUCUCUGUUUAAAAGGUACCGCCAUGAAUUUAAGUCAAAUGAAUUAUGGACAGAGAUCAAACUUGUUCUUGAUGCCUUUGCUUUACCCUUGACAAAUCUCUUUAAGGCAACUAUUGAACUUUGCAGCACGCAUGCAAAUGAUGCCAGUGCCCUGAAGGUUCUCUUUUCUUCUCUCAUUCUAAUUGCGAAGCUGUUCUACAGUUUAAAUUUUCAGGAUCUUCCCGAGUUUUUUGAAGAUAACAUGGAAACAUGGAUGACAAACUUUCAUAGCCUUUUAACUUUAGAUAACAAACUCUUGCAAACUGAUGAUGAAGAGGAAGCUGGCUUGCUGGAGCUCUUGAAAUCACAAAUUUGUGACAAUGCUGCUUUAUAUGCUCAAAAAUAUGAUGAAGAAUUCCAGCGCUACCUGCCACGUUUUGUAACAGCAAUCUGGAAUCUGUUAGUCACCACUGGCCAGGAAGUGAAAUAUGACUUGCUGGUCAGUAACGCGAUCCAGUUUCUGGCCUCAGUUUGUGAGAGACCGCAUUACAAGCAUCUGUUUGAAGACCAGAAUACAUUGACAAGCAUCUGUGAAAAAGUUAUUGUCCCCAAUAUGGAAUUUAGAGCGGCUGAUGAAGAAGCAUUUGAAGAUAAUUCUGAAGAGUAUAUAAGAAGGGAUUUGGAAGGAUCUGAUAUUGACACAAGGCGCAGAGCAGCUUGUGAUCUGGUCAGAGGCUUGUGCAAAUUUUUUGAAGGACCUGUAACAGGGAUUUUUUCUGGCUACGUUAAUUCUAUGCUGCAAGAAUAUGCAAAGAAUCCAUCUGUUAACUGGAAGCACAAAGAUGCAGCUAUUUACCUUGUAACAUCUUUGGCAUCCAAAGCUCAGACACAGAAGCAUGGCAUAACACAGGCCAAUGAACUCGUUAAUCUGACAGAAUUCUUUGUGAAUCACAUUCAACCUGACUUAAAGUCUGCUACUGUGAAUGAAUUCCCUGUGCUAAAAGCAGAUGGUAUCAAAUAUAUCAUGAUUUUUAGAAACCAAGUACCAAAAGAACAACUGCUGGUGUCUAUUCCUCUCUUAAUCAAUCAUCUCCAAGCAGAAAGUAUCGUGGUCCAUACCUACGCAGCCCAUGCUCUUGAAAGACUGUUUACCAUGAGAGGGACAAAUAAUGCUACCCUCAUUACAGCUGCAGAAAUGGCUCCCUUUGUAGAAGUGCUGUUAACAAACCUUUUCAAAGCUCUGACACUUCCCGGCUCAUCUGAAAAUGAAUACAUUAUGAAAGCCAUCAUGAGGAGUUUUUCUCUGCUGCAGGAGUCCAUAAUUCCAUACAUCCCUUCUGUCAUCACACAGCUCACACAGAAACUGCUGGCUGUCAGUAAGAAUCCCAGCAAACCUCACUUUAACCAUUACAUGUUUGAGUCAAUCUGCUUGUCGAUAAGAAUAACGUGCAAGGCAAACCCAGAGGCAGUGGGGAGCUUUGAGGAAGCUUUGUUCCUGGUGUUCACAGAGAUCCUGCAGAAUGAUGUGCAAGAGUUCAUUCCCUAUGUGUUUCAAGUGAUGUCACUACUUCUAGAAAUGCAUAAAAAUGAAAUCCCAUCAUCUUAUAUGGCAUUGUUUCCCCAUCUGCUCCAGCCAGUUCUCUGGGAGAGGACAGGAAACAUUCCCCCUCUGGUCAGGCUCCUGCAGGCUUACCUGGAGCGGGGUGCCAGCACCAUCGCCAGCGCUGCCGCCGACAAAAUCCCUGGAUUGUUAGGUGUGUUCCAGAAGCUGAUUGCCUCUAAAGCUAAUGAUCAUCAAGGGUUCUAUCUUCUGAACAGUAUCAUUGAGCAUAUGCCUCCUGAAUCAGUUGACCAGUACAGGAAACAGAUCUUCAUUCUGCUAUUCCAAAGACUUCAAAAUUCCAAAACAACAAAAUUUAUCAAAAGUUUCCUCGUCUUCAUUAACUUGUAUUGUGUAAGAUAUGGGGCAUUAGCUCUGCAAGAAAUAUUUGACAGCAUACAGCCAAAGAUGUUUGGAAUGGUGUUGGAGAAAAUUAUAAUUCCUGAAAUCCAGAAAGUGUCUGGACAAGUUGAAAAGAAAAUCUGUGCUGUUGGGAUUACAAAAAUAUUAACAGAAUGUCCUCCCAUGAUGGACACUGAGUACACCAAACUGUGGAUUCCUUUGCUGCAGGCCCUCAUUGGCCUCUUUGAGCUGCCUGAGGAUGACACGAUCCCUGACGAGGAGCACUUCAUUGACAUAGAAGAUACUCCAGGCUAUCAGACUGCAUUCUCCCAGCUAGCCUUUGCUGGGAAGAAAGAACACGAUCCUGUAGGUCAAAUGGUGAACAAUCCUAGAAUCCAUCUGGCACAGUCUCUCCACAAACUGUCUACAGCGUGCCCAGGCAGGGUUCUGUCCAUGCUGAGCACCAGCCUGAACGCAGAAGCGUUGCAGUAUCUCCAAGGAUACCUCCAGGCUGCAAGUGUGAGUCUGCUCUGAGCCGUAGAGACUCCACGAGCAAGAUCAAAGCUGGUUUGUUAUGCAGAACGUCGACACUGACUUUUUUAUAGCGGAGCUCAGACAAAAUGAAAAAGCUGCUUGAAAUUGUAUUGCAGAUUCCAUCUUGUAAAAGAUAGGUGUGGCUUUAAGCUGAAACUGAAGAAUUUGAUGGUUUGUGUACUCAUAGAUAAAGGUGGCUAACUUCCAUUCCCGGUUUAAUUUCAAAGGGAAUAGUCAUAGCGGUUUGUUAUGAGACUGAUUUGAAAUCUGCAUCUGCAGUGUUUGGAUAAUACUUGGAAA